AAAAAUAACCUGUCAAAAGCAUUUAAAAAGCCCAACGCAACUUCAUUUGAUUCAAAACUGAGUUCAUCGACAAUUAGUUGACACGCAAAUGAGAUUGGGUUUUAUUGACUCUAAGAAGUGCAUUCGGAGCUUCAGAUUACUAGCUAAUAUACCUACAGAUAAGAUACGAUUUUAAGAAAAAGCAGGUAAAGCAAAACAAUGGGUCUGAUAUUUUCAAAAUUGGUUCAAGCGUACGAGAGUUUUGGCACACGGGAAGCAAGAAUCUUAAUGGUUGGAUUAGAUGCAGCAGGGAAGACUACGAUACUUUAUAAACUUAAGUUGAAUGAGACGGUCACGACAAUUCCAACAAUCGGCUUUAAUGUUGAGACUGUUUCGCCAAGCAAGAACAUUACGUUUACAGUUUGGGAUGUUGGCGGACAGGUAUGUAUGGCAAUCCAUUCAUAUAUUUCCAAUACAAGGUCAAGGUCAAGCAAGGGUGCGAGUUGAUGAGAGUUGACAAGCGAGAGUUUUCGUUUUUCUCAUUUGCAUGACGCCAUGAGAGUUUUCCAAUAUCUUGUACUCCGGUCAAACGUUAUAACAAGAGUUGCAUGAGAGUCGACGCGAGUUGACGGGACUUAGUGCCCCGCACGGCGUAGCGAAAACUAGUGAUAAGAGAUUGAGAGUCCAAUAGACUAAUCGGAGUCAAUGAAAGUUGGCGUUCAAACGCAAGCGAGAGGAGUAGUGUAACUCUCACCAACUCUAGAUCUCAUCCUCGUUUGAAGACUAGCUUGGAUAGGGGAAGUUAAUAGUCAACGCGUUUGUAUAUAUAAUUUAGCUUACUAUAGUAACUGAGCUAUAGCUUGCCGGUGUAACUGAUAAAUACGAAAUGCUAAUUGUUGAAUCUUCCCUGCUCUUUGUAUUUUUUAAAUAUCGGGUAUUAAGAUCAAACUUCUUAGUUUCGGCGGAGAUUUUUUCUGACUUUUAUUUUUUCAUUAGUACUGAGUUAGUCAAGAAAGUUAGGAAUCACCGAUAGUUCAUCUUGACGGAUAAUCUGCGUCUUUUUCCUGCGUAUAGGUUUUUACACAGGUCUCUCUGCGGCCCUCUGCCCUAGUUCAUGUCCGGCAAGUAUCAUCAUAUGUGCUCUCUCCUCCGCUCGUGUUCCAAGAUCCGCCAUGUAAAGUGUAGUGAAAUCUAUUCAAUAUUAAUCGUAUAAAUCAUAGCCAACUAAAGCCCCUGCGGAGGAGACAGUCAUGCAACCGUGUCUGAUGAAAGCGUGCUAAUCUGCAUGAUGCUGUGACUGAUAUAAAGCGUGCUAUAAUCACCUGAUGCCGUGUCUGAUAUAAAGCGUGCUAAUCUGUCCAAUGUCUUAUAUAUAGGCACGUGACAAUUAUCCGAUGCCCUCUUUAAAAAAAUCGAGUUGAAAAUAUUUCUAAUUUAUAUUUAUUUGCGUCUUUAGGAUAAAAUCCGCCCACUAUGGAGACAUUAUUUCCAAGGAACCGAAGGUCUGAUUUACGUCGUAGACAGCAACGACCCUUCAAGGAUGGAGGAAUCACGAAAUGAAUUUCAAGGAGUUUUGACGGAUCUUGAUAGUGACCGCAUUCCUGUCUUGGUUCUGGCGAACAAGCAAGACCUGCCUCACGCUAUAAAGACUAACGAUGUUGCGCAGAAACUGGGACUACAUCAAAUGCGAAGACCGUGGCACGUGCAGGGUACCUGCGCGCUGAGUGGCGAUGGCCUCUACGAAGGACUGGAUGCAUUUGGAAAGAUGGUGAAAGAAUUCCAACAGAGCAAACCAAGUUCGAGAUUUUAAACUGAAGUUGGCAGAUGCAUAUGAAGUUUUUGAAACUGAAGCUGACAGACGUAUUACAGAAUAUUAACAUUUGUAUCAAAAUUUGCACCUUAUUUAUUAUCACAUAAAUUAUAACGCUUCAAUGACAAUGUCACUCAAUAUGUAGUAAUCAAUAAAAUAUAAUGUAAAAUGGCUGAAAUUUAAUUUCAUAUGGGAGUACAAACACUGGUCUAACGGCCACAAUCACAAUCUAGUUUUGCACAGGAUUAGGAUUUGAUUAUUGGAAUGGGAAUAGAAAAUCAAAAUCGAGAAACAUUUUGUAUAUCAUUAUAUUUAUUAAAAUGUAAACCUUGAGUAAAAGUUACUCCAUGCACGUGGUUACUAAGGCGACGUAACAUAAAGCACGAAUAGCAACAGAGUGAAGACUGAAAUAUCAGGAUUUUUCGCAUCUAACUCGAUAUAAUUAAUUGUCGAAGGAAUUUUGUAGACUGAAGUUUGGAGUAAAAUUUUUAUACAUUUAUUAGGUUAGAGCUUGACAACUGUCUCUAGCUCAGUUGGUUAGAGCGCCGCACUGGAAUCGCAGGUUCAGAGGGCCGAUAGUUGCAUUUUUCGCAACAGCUAGUCUGGUUAGGUCUAAUAAAUGCAUAAAAAUUCCACUCGAAAUUUCCAUCCACAAAUCCCUUCAACUGAAGACUGAAAUUUUUAUGAUUGUAUAUAAUCGUAUUUAUAAAUUAAUAAUAAAA